AUGAGCUGGACGGAGGAUGUGGUGAUCGACCUCACCGAGGAAUCGCCACCUGGCCCUAGCCGCUCAAGACCAUCGACGUUGGGAAACGAGACGCAUAUCCUCGAUUGGUCCUCCAGCUCCCAUGCGUAUCGCCCAUCCUCGCACAGUGCGGAGUUCAACGCCACCUCUUCUUCCAGCGGCCCAACCUCCUCGCGAUCUGCUGCAGCCGCUCCCAUCGUCGUUGGCAGCGAUGAUGAGGACGACGACAAUAGCUUCACAAUCACCGGGCAGUCUCAGCCAGUCCGACGCUCUCAUCCGCUGCACCGAUCUGUCUCGUUGGCUCCCGCAUCCCCAUACCAUCGAUCUUCUGCUACGCCCUCUGCAUUGGCAUCGUCGCUUCGGUUUCACGAUGGUAUCGGUCGAGGCCCGCAUGGCGCUGGAUCGCACAUCCGGCCACCCGUCGAGAUACCCGGCUCCUUCCCGUUGGACAGACAUCCUUUGCUUCCGCAACGACGCGCAGCGAUACCAUCUGCUAGCGCGAAUGCAGCUAGACAGAGCGGGGACAAUAUUGCGAACGGCGAUAGCUCUGCGAGUGCUUUUGGUGCCAGCUUCAUGUCGCGCCUGAGAAGUGAUCUUUUCGUUGGCAGCUAUGAUUUCGGCACGACCUACAGCAUGGAGCUGCUCGGUUCCUUGAUACGCGGCUGGCGAUCGAACGGCGGCGCGGCUGAUCCCCCGCAUAGUGCGGAAAGCAAAGUUCCGCAGACAUACGAUGUCAAUUGGACCCAUCCGUACGAGGAGCAGCCCUCGUUCACGCAUUCCGUUAUUGAACCGCCCGUCGAUCUCGACACUUACUUCGACGACAAGGCCGUCGUCACCGGUCCGUUGCCCGAUACGACGCCCAUCUGCCCAUGUUGUCGGCACGCACUGGUUACAGGUGCCAAUGGAGACGAGAGGAUAUGGGUGUUGCCCUGCGGACAUGUGAUCGACGGGCGAUGCUUGGAUAAGUUGAGUGGAUUGACUCCACCGCCGGCCGUUAAAUCCGGCUCGGUAAGCAAGGGCAAAGGAAAGGCCAAAGCGAGAGAAGUGCUCGAAGAUGAGCCGCCUGCAAAGGUUGCGAGAACCAGUGCCCGUACCCGGGCUACAGCGACCGCUGCAGAAGCGAAGGCGGCGACACCGACGAAGCCAAAGAAGCCAAAGCGUUUCGAAUGUCCCGUGCAAGGCUGUUGCCAGAAAUGCAGCAAGGAAAGAGGCGGCAAGUACUCAGCGUGGGAGGUGUUUGCUUGA